AGUGGGCGGAGUCUCAGAGGAAGGUGUACUGAAGUGUCACUGCGGCGGAGAAAGGCUUGGGACAGAUAAACAACCACAGCAGCGUUACUAUCUUUAGUUUAGUCUUCGCUGGCCUCUGGUUUAGGUCUAAUUAAAGCGGCAGGCCAGGUCGGCGGUGAGGAGGAGGACUCCUCCAGCGAGGUCAGAGUCCUGUUUACGUAGCCGCAGCAGCAUGGAAGCGCUUCCAGGAUAAAAAAAAAACAACAACAAAGUGGAUCCUGAUGUCUGUGAGCGGUUUCCUGCCGCUGUUGCUGGCCUUGUUGCCGAGCGGCCAGCUGCUCGCCUCGGACUCCGGGAACUUCAGCACCCAGCCUGGUGUUGGACCAGCCGGACCGAUGCCUUUAGCCGUGAUGCCUGAAAACAGCAACGACCAGUGUGACCUCGUGAUGAACUACAGCGGUGCGGAGCGAUGCGCGUUUGUGAAGAGGACGCCGGACUGCAACAUGGUGGACGGCUUAAUCAGCUACCUGACCCUGGCCUUCUGCCUGCUGCCUCCCAGCCUCACUCCUCUCACCAUCACCCUCUGUAUGAUAUGGCUGCUCGUCUUGUUCGUCAUCCUUGGACUUGCUGCCUCAAAGUUUUUUUGCCCCAACCUGUCGGCCAUCUCCUCCACGCUCCACCUCUCUCACAACGUGGCUGGUGUGACGUUCCUCGCUUUGGGUAACGGCGCUCCGGACAUCUUUAGUGCCAUGGCAGCGAUCUCCCAUCCACACACUGCUGGGAUGGCCGUCGGAGCUUUGUUUGGUGCUGGCAUCUUUGUUACCACAGUGGUUGCAGGAUGUGUGGCGCUGGUCAAACCCUUUCCCGUGGCGUCCCGGCCGUUUCUGCGGGACGUCAUCUUCUACAUGGUUGCCGUGUUUUGGACCUUUCUCAUCCUCUACAGAGGCACUACAACCCUGGGAGAAAUGCUGGGAUACCUGGGCCUCUAUGUGGUUUAUGUUCUGACUGUGAUCAUCAGUACAUACAUCUACAAUCGGCAAAAGAAUUUGGUCACAAACGGUGUCCCAAACCUCCCACACAUUCCAGCAGAGUUUAACUCAUCGGACUCCUCUGAUGAGGACGUCCCCCACUCGACGGGCCAGACGAUCCAGCAGGAGUACGAGUCCGAGUACAGGCCACUUCUGCCUUAUUCCGAGUCCACAAGCGAGAUCCUGCUGAGCUCUCUGAAUCCGGUGGACAGCAGGAAGUGGAGGAGGAAAUCGUGGUCCUGGAGAGCUCUUAAAGUAGUAGAGACUCCUCUGGAGGUGCUGCUGCUGCUCUGCGUCCCUGUGGUGGACCCGGACAAAGAAGACAAAAACUGGAGGAGACCCUUAAACUCCAUCCAUCUGAUCACCGCUCCGCUGCUGUGCGUUCUGGUCUUCCAGUCGGGAGCAUAUGGCGACGUCAUGAUCCAGGGGGAGUUUCCCAUCUGGCUGCUGACUCUCCUGCUGGGAAUGUUCUUGGCUGCUAUAGUUUUCUGCACCACCACCAAUGAUCAUCCUCCCAAAUAUCACCCACUGUUUGCACUCCUGGGCUUCGUGGUGAGCGCGGUGUUGAUCAGCGCCGCCGCCUCAGAGGUGGUCAGUCUUCUGCACAUGCUCGGUGUGGUGUUGAGUCUCAGCAACACUGUGCUGGGCCUGACUCUUCUGGCCUGGGGCAACAGCAUCGGAGACUGUUUUUCUGACAUCACCAUCGCUCGGCAGGGCUACCCACGCAUGGCCAUUGCUGCUUGCUUCGGAGGCAUCAUUUUCAACAUGCUGUUUGGGGUAGGCUUGGGAUGCCUGCUGCAGAUGUAUAACACACACUCUUUUGUGCAGUUUGAGUCGGAGGGCUUGUUGACGUGGAUCCUUGCGGGAUCGCUGGGCCUGUCCCUGGUGCUGUCCUUCAUCAUCGUUCCGCUCAGCCGGUUCCACCUGGGCCGGCCCUACGGCGUCUUCCUCCUCGUCUUCUACUCCGUGUUUCUCCUCAUCGCGCUUCUCACAGAGUUCGGAGAGAUCCACACCUGAGACCCAAACGGAGGGCGCCGACCGAUGCCGUCAUCUGCUGCUUGGAAUGAUGUUGCGUAAAGCAGUAAUGUACUUUGUUGCACUUGCUUGAUCGCCAGACUCUCCUGUGUUUAGUCAGUGAAACCAAGUGGCUAAAGAGACAAAGUGCUCGGGGCGGACUGAAACCAAUCACACCGUGCCUCUUGUUUUUCCUUUUGUCUCUGGAGCUUGUUUUAAUUUAAAAAUAUUUUUAAAUAUUCUGUGAAUCAACUUA